CCAUGUGUUCUCAUCAAUGGAUACAUGACGUAUUCGUGAGUUUCAGAGGCAAGGAUGUGAGGAACAACUUCAUAUCGCACCUCUUCAGCAGGCUGGACGAGGCGGGGAUUGACUACUUCAGCGACGAAGACAAAGAGGACGCUGGGGAGGAGAUCAAUGACAAGCUCUCGAGAGCGAUCCGCCACUCAAGAUUCGCCCUCAUCGUGUUCUCCAAAAACUAUGCUGACUCCAAGUCGUGCCUGAAUGAGCUGGUCGAGAUCCUCGAAUGCAGAAGGCAGCUCAAGAACCACGGUCACGUGGCCAUUUCGGUCUUCCAUGGCGUGAGCACGGACGAUGUUUCGAAGUUGACGAGUGGAAGCGAGUUCGCGCGAGGUUUCGAGAGGUUGUGCGAGAGCAAGAGAGACGACGCGCAGAUAAAAAUAUGGAGGGAUGCCCUAGUAGAGGCCACGCAUCUUUCCGGCUUCCAUUUGCAGAACCACGCUUGUGGCAAUGAAUCGGAGUUCACUAAACUUAUAGUCGACUGCCUUUCCGAUAAGAUUCGUCAAACAUGGCCUCUCUACUUUGUGAAAAAUGCAAUUGGAGUAGAUCGUUUGGCAAACGAUGUGAUUUCCUUACUAAGGAAUGGCCAAGAGGAGGCUGUGCGCAUGAUAGGCAUAUGUGGUGCGGAAGGAAUAGGUAAGACAACGGUGGCCGGAGUUGCUUGUGAAGGCAUUCGUCGUGAGUUCAAGUAUUCUGUCUUUCUCGGUAAAAUUGGAGAAGGGAAUCAGAGUGAUCAUCUCGGCUUACAAAAGAAGUUACUCAGAAAUCUCACGAAGGUGGAUAGAGUGAUUUAUGACAUUCACUCCAACAUCAAUGAGAUAAAGCGUAGCAUGAAUCGUAAAAUACUUCUUGUUCUUGAUAAUGUUACUAAGAAAGAACACAUGGAGUACUUCGGCGCCGGAGAUCGAGAAUCCUUUUUCGCCGGGAGUAGAAUCUUGAUCACGACAAGAGAUCGACAUUUGCUGAAAGAUCUCAAGGUAGAUGAAAAGUACAUUGUCAAAGGAUUGAGUCCAGACCACGCACUUCAACUCUUUUGUCACCAUGCCUUCAAGAGAUCAGAACCUAAACAAGGCUAUGAGGAGUUGUCUCUCAGUCUAUUUCAUUAUGCAGGAGGUCAUCCAUCGGCCCUUAAAAGAUUAGGUUCCUACCUUAGCGAUCAGUCAAAAGAUAAAUGGCAUGAAAUAUUGGACAAGUUGGUGAGAAGCCCUUAUCUUGAUUGCAUUGAUGGAUCUCUCCCAUUGAAAUCCGAUGGGCCGCAUGGAGAUCAACAGGGCGGUGCUUAUGAUGAUAAAACAUACACUGGUGUAAGGCAAAUUAGAGUCCUCGCUGACUCUGUUAUCAAUUCCAUCACCAUCGAUUAUGAUCAAGACGGGUGUUUGGUGCGUUCUUUGGAGCACGGCAGACAUCUUUGUGGUAACAUUUUUACGGUCAAACUAGAUUAUCCAAAUGAAUACCUGACUUCAAUGUCAGGGCAUAUAAGAAACUACCAAAUUCCUAUCUUGAUUCAAUCUCUCAAAUUCCAUACCAACAGAAGGAUAUAUGGACCAUUUGGCUCUGGAAAUGGGCUAUCUUUUCAUUCGGAAGUUGGUGGCCGAAGAAUUAUUGGGUUUCAUGGAAAUUGUGGCGUCCAUCUUGAUUCAAUUGGAGCACACUUUGGGCCAAUUUCUCGUGCGUAUCCUUUUGAGGUUGUGGGACCAUUUGGGGGUGAUUAUGGUACAGACAUUUGGAAUGACGGGAAAUAUACAGAUGUGAGGGAAAUCGUGGUAGGCUUCGAUUCAACAAUCAAGUAUAUCUCUAUUUUAUACGACAAGUGUGGACGUCCAGUUGGGCCCUUCAUACAUGGCACAGGUGGAGGUGAAACAUAUCGGAUUAAGCUCGACCAUCCAAGUGAGUACUUGACUUCCAUCUCGGGCUACACUGAAGAAGUUUCUGAAUGCACCAUUUUUCAGUCAUUGACAAUCCAUACUAAUAGAAAUGAUCAUGGACCGAUUGGAACAGCUAAUAAUGGGAGGCAUUUUUCAUUUCCAUACACCGGCGGUAAAAUUGUCGGGUUUCACGGGAGUUGCCAUGGCUCUCGUCUUGAGUCCAUUGGAGCUUUUUAUGAGCCAAUUCCUCAUAUUCAUCCUUUUAAGGUUUUUGGACCUUUUGGAGGCGACGGUGCAGAUCGUUGGGAUGAUGGAAGAUACGUUGAUAUAGAGAGGAUUGUUCUUCGCUGCUCAGACUUCAUUUAUUCCAUUGAUUUUGAUUAUGUCAACCCGGAUGGUUCUAUUCGAUCCACUAAGCAUGGUCAAAAUCUUGGGGGACAUAUAUAUGAGGUUAAAUUGCGUUACCCGCAUGAGUUUAUAACCUCAAUUUCAGGUUUCUUCGCCGGCGUUAUCAACUCGCUCACAUUUCGAACAAACAAAAGAAUAUGGGGACCCUUUGGUAGAGAGGAAGGGGAGUACUUCUCUUUACCAUCAGAAGCUGGGAAAAUUAUCGGCUUUUUCGGGACGGGUGGUGAUUUUCUCGAAUCUAUUGGAGCACACAUCGAGUUAUACUCUAACAAGCUCUAUCCCUUUAAGUCUGUGGGGUCAUUAGGGAGUUCGAAUCCGUCAUUUUGGGAUGAUGGCGAUAAGCAUACCAAUGUGAGGACAAUCAUUGUUGAAUUUGAAACAAGCAAAGGGCCAUUGAUCCGAUCAAUCACAUUUCAGUAUGAAGAGGAGAACAAAGAAUUGUGUCAAUCGGAGACUCAUGGUGGCAUUGAUCAAAACAAGUUUCAUAUAGUAAGGAACGUCGAGAUCCAUACGAUCAAAAUACAUGAUCCAAAUGAGUAUCUAACUUCAAUAUCCGGGUAUACGUUUCAACCUAACAAAGAAACCUACGGACUUACAUCUCUCACUUUUCAAACUAACAAAAGGACAAUCGGGCCUAUUGGUGUUGAAAUGGGAAGGCACUUCUCAUCUCCUGCAACGGGUGGCAAAAUUGUUGGAUUUUACGGGAAGAGUGGUACACAUCUUGAAGCAAUUGGAGCACAUUUUGAACCGAUUCCAGAUCUCUACCCAAUUAGAUCAAUUGGGCCAUUUGGAGGCCAAGGUGGACGUGAUUGGGACGACAAGAAAUUCAACGGUGUGGUAGAGGUUCGGGUAACGCACAGCGAUGUCAUCCAUUACAUCAUGUUUGUGUAUGACAAGAGUGGUGAACAAGUUCGCUCAGGUAUGCAUGGUGGCCACAUCGGAGAAGACAAGGCCAAGUUCACCAUGUUUAAAUUGGACUAUCCACGGGAGUACUUGACAUCGAUCUCUGGUUACAAGCAAGAGGAUGGUGAUGACAACUACGAUAAUGCUGUUGUUCAAUCGCUCGCAUUUCACAGUAAUAGAGGAACAUACGGUCCCUUUGGCAAGGAGACAGGGAAGUACUUUUGGUAUCCAUCGACCGGGACCAGAAUCAUUGGCUUUUAUGGAAGACACGGUGAGACUCUCAAUUCCAUAGGAGUGUAUGCGGAGCCCAUACCGCACCUGUAUCCUUUCAAAACGGUUGGACCCUUUGGAGGCUCUGAAGGGACUCUAUGGGAUGAUGGAGUGCAUACCGAUGUGAGGGAAUUUUACAUAACUGAAUACAUAGGAAUUCACUCCAUCAGGAUUGCGUACGACAACAAUGGUUCCUUCGUGUUAGGCUCUGAACACGGCGAAAAUGACCACCUUCGAUGCAGCAGGGCCAUUCUAGAUUAUCCUAAGGAGCGUCUAGUUUCGAUAUCGGGAUUGAUGAGCGGAAAUGGAAGCAGUCCUCGCGCUGUCAUCCACAACCUGAAAAUACUUACCACGAAGACCACUUAUGGGCCAUUCGGACUUUACUAUGGAGCAUGGUCAAAUGGAGAUAAUGAAACGGUAACGGAAUUUCGCAUCCCAUCGGAACCAGGCGGUGGCAGGAUCGUUGGCUUUUUCGGAAGGACAGGAUCACAUCUUAAUUCUAUUGGAGCGCGUCUGGAACCAUAUUAAUUAAACCUCCUCCCUCCCCCAAGCCUUUUUUCUUUUCUUUCUUUGCCUUGUGAUCGUAAGAAUCUUCUUCUUCGUUUCUUUUUUGAGGUGAUGUUGACGUUACUCUCUUUUUCUCAAACGAUGGUCAUGGCAAGCGUAGCAUUAUCUGAUAAUUAGUUGUGAGGA